CGGCCGUUGUCCGGGGAGACGCCGCGCUGCGAGGCCGGGGCCGGGGCCGGGGCCGGGGAUGUGGCGGCUGGUGCUGGCGCUGGCCUGGCUCGGGACCGCCCGUCCUGUGGGGGCGGUGGCGGAGGGGAGCUCCGGCGGGCAGCCCCGCUCCCCCGGGGGCGGCUCGGCGCAGGGCGGCGGCGGCGAACCGGUGCGGUACCGGACGGCGGAGAUGGCGGACGCGAUGCUGGGCAGCGGGCUCCCCGCGGUGCUCUCGGUGGUACCGGGGGAGGCGGGGUGCGACGCAGCGGCCGGGACCGACGGGUGCGGCGCGGGGAGCGGCCCCGCUGUUUCCCCCAGCCAGCCCCGGGAGCCGGCGGCGGUGGGGACGGCGCCGCCCGCUCCCGCCGAGGAGUCGAAUAGCACCGACAGCUCCAGAGCUCCGAAAGUGAACUGCGAGGAGAGAAACGCAACCGGCAGCGGCCGCGCCGCGCUGCAGAUCCUCAACGUCUCGCAGGACCUGAUGGAGUUCUUAAACCCAAACAGCAGCGACUGUACGUUAGUCUUGUUCUAUACACCAUGGUGCCGCUUUUCUGCCAGCCUGGCACCUCAUUUCAAUUCUUUACCUCGAGCAUUUCCAACUCUUCGCUUCCUAGCACUGGAUGCAUCUCAGCACAGCAGUUUAUCAACUAGAUUUGGAACUGUGGCAGUACCCAAUAUCCUCCUUUUCCAAGGUGCUAAACCUAUGGCUAGAUUUAAUCAUACAGACAGAACGCUGGAAACACUGAAAGACUUCAUUUUUAAUCAAACAGGGAUAGAAGCUAAAAGCGACGUGGCUGUGACUGAGGAAGACUGGGAAGGCCCCCUGCCUAGCGUUCUGACGAAAGGCAUAGACUGGCUGCUUCUCUUUUCUUUGCUCUUCCUGGCUAGCUUUGUCAUGUACGCUACUGUUCGAACGGAGAGCAUUCGGUGGCUGAUCCCGGGACAAGAGCAUGAACAUCAGGAAUAAUCCAAAAUGUUGAAAUAGGGACAGAAUUGCCCGCUAAGUGGUAAAGCAGGAAUCUGUACGGACUAAAAGUACGUAAGAAUAAACUGUUGAAUUUGUUGGUUUUAAUUUAUAAUCUUGACUAAAAAAAUCUGCUUUAUUUAUCAACUACAGAAUCUGUAAAAAGCAAAUUUGAGGCGAUUAAGGUGGUAAGUAAACAAAUAUGAAGAAAAUAGGAACUAAAAAAGUGUUUGUUAAGCUGUUCUGAUCAGUUUAUUUUUCAUGGACUUUAAUGUAAAGAGGUGAUACAGUUUCACUUUGCUCUUCUGAAGAGGUCCCUGCGCUUUGUAGGUUUUUACAGCAUGUUGGCCUGUACGCGUGGCCCUGCUCGGCACAGGAGCCAAGCUGCCUCCGCUCUGGUGCAAUCUGUGGAUCUUCUUUUACAGCUCCUGCAGAUGUAUGAACUAUAAAGCUUCUAUGUGCACAACGUGGUAAGCACUACAGAAUUAGGGUGUAUUUGCCCACAGAGAUCAUACUCAGUUUUUGGCUCAUGUCUUCCUGAAAUACAACAUUUUAAAGGAAAAUGGUGGUGAACAGUGAUAUUGCUAAAUUAGUUUGACUGUCAGUAAAAUGAACGAUGAAGAAAAUGUUUUGAAAAACAGUGUGCUUCAGAUGAAUUCUUCCACUGUAUACCAGCAGUAACAAUUCAAAAGCGUGUGACACAACCCUGGGCAGGGUGACAAUUUCCCACCAUGGGUGCUGGGGUUAGAUGCUGCUUUACUUCCUCCCUGUGCUCUAUGAGUUUUGACCUAGUGACAGUUCUCUGUAAGAUGUAGAAUAACUACCAAAGCUCACCUCAUUCAUUUUGUGUGUGUAUAUACAAGGUAUCUACCACAUUCCUGUAGAAUUAAAUUGCAUUCAUUGUCCUUACUCUUUUUUAAACAAAUCAAGUUUUUAGUGUGACCUUUUAAGCCACUUUCUUACAGGAAUAAAAUCAUGCACCUUCUGGAGUAUGGAUCAUCUGCCUAAAUUAGAGAGACGGUUUGGGAUUUAUUUAAACUUCUAUUAGUGUGCUUGCUGGUUGCGCAGUCUACAGCUGAGGCUACAUAAAGAAUUUACGUGGUUUUUAGUUAGUAUGGAAAAGUUUGAGUAAGGUAUAGACUGGUAUGUUUUGUGUGUUUUGGAUUGAUUGCAUAGCAUUUAUAUAUGGUGGAGGCUUGCCAUGCUACCCUACUAGGAAACUUUAGAGUGCAAAUUUAAGCUAAGAAACAAAGACUGCUAUGAUUUAUUGUUUGACAGAGCUCAUAUCCCUGCACCAUCAUUCUUCAGGUAUUUUUCUGGUGGCUGUAUCUUUCACUUUUGGAAAGCUGAGGUGCUGUACUUCAGUGUGUUAAGGAAAAUGCACCGAUAAAACUUUGGUGUUACUUCCUAGUUUUAGCUUCAAUAUUUUAUUAAUAAAGAUUCAGGAUUUUGAA